CGCUAGCCGCUUCAGACACCGUCUUUUGAUGACACGUCCCGCAACAACAAAUCGACGCCCGCGACCGCAAGCCUGAACGGGAUGACUCCCUGAAGAAAAAUCCAAAAGAGAUAGGUGCGAAUUGGAAAGCUCCGCUGCGACGCCGCGUCCGGAUCACUGAGCGAUGUCACAAUCAGUUGUUUCCGCAUCCGCGCAGGGAGCGACGUUUCUCAUUCUGCUCCAAGUCGGUUCACGAGCACUCACCUUUGCUGUCAAUCAGCUCCUGUUGCGCUUCUUGUCGCCCGAACAGCUCGGUGCCUCUGCGCAGCUCGAGCUCUUUUCUAUUUCGGUGCUAUACUUUGCACGCGAAAGCCUGCGCGUUGCCGUUCAGCGCCAAACCCAUGGCACUCAGGCGGUAGUGAACCUUUCCUACCUUGCCGUCUUCUUCGGCAUUCCACUUAUCUACGGCCUCGCGCUCUUGUGGCUAUCUUCGGAGAUACCGAAUGUGCCGCAUUUCGUGGAUGCAUUGAGCGUAUAUUGCUUAGCUACCUUCAUCGAGCUUCUUACCGAGCCUGCUUUUUCAGCUGUGCAGCAGAAGCUGCUGUACAAGAUUCGAGCCUCAGCUGAGAGUACGGCUACAAUCUUGCGAUGCUUUGGGACGUGCGGAUCUGCCAUUCUGGCAAGCAAAUAUGGGGUGAAUGUUGGCGUGUUACCAUUUGCAGUCGGACAGCUAGGUUACGCUCUUGUCUUGUUGGCUGUCUAUACCUACAGGAUGUGGCCGGUAGCGCAGAAGGAAAGCUUCUCACUUCUGCCGAAGCAGAUACGGCCUACAAGAGAUAUGCCAGUCGUUCUCAACCAUUUCCCGAUUCCGCUAUUGCGCAUAACAGGAUCGCUCUCCCUACAGUCGGCACUUAAAUACAUCCUCACCCAAGGCGACUCGCUCCUCAUCACAAGGCUGGUUUCCCUCACGGACCAGGGUGCGUUUGCUCUUGCGUCCAACUACGGCGGCCUCAUCGCACGUAUGCUCUUCCAGCCCAUCGAGGAAAGCAGUCGAAACCUCUUCGCCAAACUAUGUGCCGACACCGAGCCCACUCCAGUCACACGUUCAGCAGAGCAGACUCAGAACCUCACCAAAGCCUCCAGAAUCCUAAAGAUGGUUCUGCGUAUCUACACGCUCAUCUCGCUCGUAGCCGCUAUCCUCGGUCCCAAAGUAGCACCGUUGCUCCUCUCCAUCGUGGCAGGAAGCAAAUGGGCCAAUACCUCGGCUUCGGAUGUCCUGGCAACGUACUGUCGUUACAUCCCAUUUCUCGCCAUCAACGGUGUCACAGAGGCAUUCGUAGCCGCAGUAGCCACCAACCGACAGCUUUACUCACAGUCUUUAUUCAUGGGCCUGUUUUUCGCUUGUUUCGCCGGCAGCGCCUGGUAUUUCAUCUCGCAUCUCGCAUGGGGCGCCAGUGGUGUCAUCGCUGCUAACAGUGUGAACAUGGGCCUACGCAUAAUCUACAACAUGUGGUUCAUCCAGCGGUUCUUCAAGGAAAGGGAUGUGAGCUUCAGCGUGUUUGACUGUCUGCCGUCGAACCCAGUCUUGCUGUCUGCGCAGUUCUAUCCAUGGGCGAUGCAGUUCAGGCCCAGACCAGAUUGGCUCUUGCGAUACGGUGUGUUUGGGGAGCUGGCGAGUCUAGGAGUCGUGGGCGCAUCUUGGGCAUUUGUGAUGCUCUUCUUCGAGGAGAAAUUCCUGCUGGAAUGCUGGCACACACUGCGUCCGUCACCUGAGAAAAAGGACUCGUAAACUAGGUAGCGAUUCAGGUACUCCCAAGAUCACAGUCCUUGCUUCACGACCUGGUAUCUGGUGCAGUCGUCACCCUCCACACCUGCCCCGCCAAUGCUCGGAACGGCUUCCGACCGCACCAACAAACUCUUUCCGACCACACAUCUCCACACGUCAUCCCCUCAUCUCCAGGCCUCGCCUCUCAAUAUUCGCGCAUCACACGAUCCG